UAUUAUUUUGUUAGAGAUUGAAUCAUAUUUGGUAAUUAAUUAUUCGAUAGUGUACAUGUAUAUAAUAUUUACAGUUAUGAUAUGCAAAAUGAAGUACUUGCCGGAAGGCAAGUUGAGUGAUUUAAACGUCAAUGAUGAUUAAUCAGGCACUUUGCGAUAACGGGCAAUCUUCGAUGAACAGGUUAAUGGAGCGGAAACGGUGUGGAUAUGGAAAAAGAAGAACAAGAAAGUAAAAAGGUGUUUGAAUUCUACCAAGCAUUUUGUUAGCUGAAUAGAAGUGCUUCGAACGUCGAUAAUUAUCGGACAGAAUGAUGAAUUUAGCUGAACGAUAGAACUAGAUUAAUAGAGUAGCUGAUUUGCAUUAUACUGAUUUGCAACUGACGUUGCAUAUAAUAUAGUAUAAAGAAAAAGCGAAUAAUUUUUGACGAAAAAAUAUUCGAACGUUUCCACAGGAAGAAUUUUGAUGUGAAAAUAUUAUGUUCGUGUGAAGAGUAUUGCGAGUUUUAAUACCUGACGAACGUAGAAUUAAAAAGAUAUUCUAAAAAUUAUGAAAAUGCAAUGCGUGAGAAUUUUGCUGUUUUGUUAUUAGCAAGUUUCCAUUAACGCGCCCACCAGCGAGUGUUUGGAAUUUAUUCCCUUUGCAGCAUCAAUCAUCCUGUCAUUUCGCAUAAACCGUGUCUGCACUUAGCACACGGUAUUGGUUGAACCACGAGAAACACGGCCGGGAAGAAAUGCAUUUGUAAUACUUAAUGUCGUUUCUACUCGCGAGUAGGAACGGUCGGUUCUCGUCAGUCGCGCGGUUUCCCCUCCGCUAACUUUCAAGUAAAUUGGAAUGAAACCGGCAAAAGAAUGUUUCCGAAUGAUUUACACGAGAAAGAGAAGCACCAAGAUAUCCAUACGUAAUUACAGAAACAAUCGCCAGAGGAAUGUCAGAUAAUUACGCGAAUCGUGCUUGACGUCCUUGGUAGAUUUUCCGGCGAUUUUCGUUGCUUUUUACAUCCGCCGGGUUAAAACCGGCAGGGAAUGUAAUUGGCGAUUCAAUUACGCGGCGGCAAACUGAUGGAAGUUACGACACGAUGUCGGACGAUAGUCAGCCGAGCAAGAUUAAUGUUUGUAGACUGUUCCACAGAAUCGGUCGCAUCGCACGAUAACUCACUUGAGUCGAUAGUCGAAAUCCAGCCACGCGUAGGGACGAGACUCGAUCAAAGACAUCCGUCGUGUUGCGCUGCGACGGAAGUGACGACGACCGAUCGAGUUGCAAUUCGGUCGUUGGCUGAUGCAUGCACGUAUGUCGCUCGAGUCUAAUCCACCAGGGAUCAAAUGGGAGAUCCAGCGAAGUCGAAAAUCAAUAACUGAUCUGCCAGCGGCCAUGUGUCUGAACUGCCAAAUGACCUGUUCUAUGUAAUGCAUUGGGGCAGGAAUGCAACGAUGAUAAGCCCGCAAUGGCUUUAAUCCUUUGAACGAAAACAAUUCGCAUGGAAUGGCAAACUAAUCAAGUUUACUUUGACCUUUGAAUUUUAAAUAAAACAUCAAGUAAUCGUAUUUUUGAUACGUAGAAUUUAUUUUACAUCUACAUACCAAAAAGAAAGAAAAUUAUAAAAUUAAUCAUAUAUAUGUAUGUUUACGGUUAAAAGUGCUUCGAUUUUUCUUCUUCGACGCAUUUUUCGUUAAGAAGGAGUUACGAUCUGAAUAUUCAUUUAAGUCUUCAAGCAGAUAUUCGUCGCACUUUAUAAGUAACAUAAUAUUCUUUUCCCUCAGUACAUACUGAAGGACAAGAUCUUUUGCUUACCAGCUCCUGUUAUUUAUUUGCACAAUGCAAUAUUUUAAUAUGCGACUCAAAGGAAUGUUUAUAUGUCCCUAUAUUCUAUUCUUAGAAUAUGCUGUAAGUAGAAACGGAUAUGGCAGGAAAUAGGCGCAUUAUCCGUGUAUCGAGGACUCCGUGGUAAACCGAUGCACUCGGAGCGCGUACAGGUUUACCGCCUUGCAAUUCGUGGAACUCGAUCGGUGAUUCAGAAUAUCCCUGUCCCGCUGCGUACGGAUCGUCAUGAAUCUCAGCUUACGUUGUCGCAUCGACCUUAAUACAUGACGCUGCAGUAAUGGCAAGUGGGUCCCUUUAUUAUGACGGGUGUAAAAAUAAAUAUCUAAAUGCGAGACGUGCACACGAUAUGCACUGAAACUGCUCCGAUUUGCUCCGAUAUUCUGUGCAGAUGAUGCUGCGUGGCUACUUCGUCUCAAAGUCAGUGUUCCGAUUUCGUUGAUUCAACUGGACCAAUCACAGUUAACAUAUAUUCAAGGUAUUAAUUAUAAAACGGAUUUCAUGCCGAUUUUUGGUUUUAUAAAAAAAACUGGUGGUUUUUUGGAAUUGUAACGAAGUUGAUAAAAUCACGCGUUUAUUAUUCACGAAACUCGGUGUUUUAUUUACGAUUUAUUUAAAUCAAACAUUACUUCGAUAUAUAAAAAUUGUAAAUUAAAGUUGAAAUUAAAUUUUCAUAAUCCCGAUACGACUUCAUCUAAAUUCAUAAAUAGGGAUCGGUAGCAGAUGGCUCAAAGGGGAGUGCAGGGUGAAAUUGGAUAUUUUGCAGCUUCUUCUCGUAUAACUCGACUAUCAGAUAAUCGAUCGGAAUGAUUUACGGGUUGUUGCGCGGUAUCGUCCUCCCGUUCGUCCAGCACGCACCUCGUCGCGACGCGGCGCGUCGUCUGGGACUCUGGGGUGGUUGUCUGGGACGCUUGCGUCGCGCUCGCGUCGCGUUGCUCCCCGUAUACGCCGGCGUUGCUCCGGGCAACCGAUGGGGAUGAAUCUACGCGACGCCCGGCGUCGAGUCUCCUCGUAGCGAGCGGGCGGGGCUGUUAUAUUCUCUCAGUGCGCUCCACGACGCCGAACUGACCACGUACAACGCGACGUCGACCCCACGACCCCUCUCUCUCUUUCUCUCUUUCUCUUUCUUCCUCUUUCUUUUUCUCUCUUUCUCUCUUUCAUUCUGUUUCUCCGUUUUUUCUUCGGAGAUCAAACGCGCGAUCGAAAUCCAUCGCGCGAGUUUCAUCCUAUUCCGUAGUACUCGCGAGGAUCGUUUCAGGAUCGAAAGAACUUCGCCGUGAGUUAACAAGUGCCGAUAAUAAGGAAAAAACUCGCGGCAGUGUCGUGUCGGGGUGAAACGGCGUCGAGGUAACGAGACCGGUUAAUUGGCGAACGUGUAGCAGCGCUCGAGGGCGAAAGCAUCCCUGAAAAGUGUCGCGGCAGGAGGAUUAAAGGUUUAAUUCUCAAAUUGGUGUUUAACUUAAGAUUUUGGAAUAAUCAUUAUAUAGCUUCAUUAAUCGCAUCGAAAAAAAUUAGAACAAAAAUUAUAAUCGUGAGCGUUUUCGUGCUUGAAAUUCCUGUGGAAAGUGAUCAUUGCACGUGUUUGUCUUAUCGUUGUCAAGAGGAAGGAGAUACUUGGAUCAAAUACUACAACUGCGACCUGCACCUGAGUUUUCUCCGCAAAUUGUUCGCCUUCAAGCCAAGAAGAAUACACACUGGAGCGUAGCGCCGACCGUCACCACUCAUCGAUCAUUGAACCCAGCGAUUUAGCAAUCAAACCAACGUUUGCAGACGCACAAAAAAGGCGGGAGGGAUGAAAGGCCGGCCUUGAAGAGGUCGCUGGGCCUGCCAGGCCUGCCGGAAGAAGCAGACGGGAGAAACCGACCACCGGGAGGGUCGUCAUCCCCUCCUGAAAAAAGGGGUUGAGGCCUGGCACCAGGUCAAAAGCCCGGUCACAAUAGGUUGCCUGCAAAGCUUUGGUUCCAGGGGGUCGGAGGCGGAGGAGGAGGGUGGUGGCAUCGGAGGUAGCAGUGGGGGAGGCGGCACGAGUAUGUGCUGCGUCCUUCAGGGUGCCGAGAGAGUGUUCCCCUCCGCCGGGAACGGGGGGAAACACGGGACCGGGGCGGGGGGCGGCAAGGUCAUCGGCGGCACCCCCGUGAACGCCCAGGAUCUACCCCUCGAGUCGCUCUGGGCGGCCGGUCUGGACGAGGGGAUGGGAUUCCCGCAGAGGUGCUCCUACGCGAAUCAGCACAGCACCCUCGCCGCGACCUCCGCCACCGCGAACCAUGCGUCCCCCGCGAAUCAUGACGAGCUCUGGAGAGAGAGGAACCUUACCCAUAGAACGCCUACGACCUCCACGGGGAUCGAUUCCUCGAUCACGGACGAGAUAUGGACAUCGGCGAGCGAGGUGCGGCGUUUCUGCCGCACCUCGACCACCUCGACCGGCAUCGGCUCGUCCUUGAACCUCCACGAGAACAAUCGCUCGCUGGAGUCACGCGACGGCGACUUUUACUCCACGGACAUCGAGGACUCCAAGGACACGUCCUACCGGAGAUUCUAUCCGACUACGCCGACCACUUCCGGCCUGGGCUCCUCCUCGGAUCGGCAAUCCGUGGAGACGCAGUGUGGCUCGAGGGAUCUACCGGACCAUCUAUGGGCGGCCGCGAUGGAGGACGGUUUCUCGCGCUUCAAUGCCAUGAAAUCGCUGCAGACGAUCACGCGACAACCCCGGCCAAAUCACGAUUGGGUGAAGACCGAGCGGAUCUCCAGGUUCACCAAGCACCGUACCAUCAGCCAGUCGCCGCAACACGAGCAAGAGAUCUGGACGUCUAAGCUGAACGAGAGCGCCGUGGUCUCCGGUUAUGCCACGCAGAGAAAUCUCGGCCCGCACAAGUGCCAUCAUCAGGCUCGCAGGAGUUUCUCCACGUCGAUCGUCGCGGAUCUCGCCAUCACGCCAGACGGAUCCCAGCAGAGCCUCGGCAGCGCCGAAUUCCUGGAGUUGGAGAGAAGCUACACUCUCUCGACUCCUGGGGGUAGCAGCCCUGUGUGUUGUCCGCCUUGCAGCCCACCGCCCGCACCGGCCGCAUACAUAUCGAGCGCGCGCGCUUCCUCGCGUAGACUCGGCGCCGGAAGUGGUCCCGGCGGGCCCACAUCCCCGGAAAGGGAUCCCCUGGGAAGACUGUUAAGAUUCCUGAAGACCUUCUACAGGGAGCUGGGCACCCGCGACCCACCCCACUUACCGCCGUGGGCGUCUCCGCUGCCGCUUGGUACCCUCUGUCCAGCGCACUUUCAACCGCAUCUGCAACUGGUGCACAAAAGCGAGCAGGAGCACCGUCUCGAAAACAUCAAGCCUGACCAGAUCUUCGCUCCCGUGAGGCUAAGCGAUGGUACCGUGUCCGAGGCGCCAAGGCGCGUCGCCGUCGAGGGUGGUCCCGGAAGCGGACGGACUACUCUAUGCUUGCGACUGUUACACCAAUGGGCGACCCAAAGCGACGGUCCUGCACUAGCCUUUAUUAUUCCUUUGCGCGAGCUUCGCGGCAGUCCCGUCCUGAAUUACUUGGCACGGGAAUUGUUGCCAAGGACGGCUGCAUUGGGUGAUGCGGUCACUCAGGUGUGGCGCACUUUGCACCUGAUGGAGGACCGCGUUCUUUUCGUCCUGGAUGGCUACGACGAAUGCGUGGGUGGCAGAGCAUCGCUCGGCGACGCAGCUGAUCUGUUAGAAGGUCGACUGUUCCCCGAUGCCAGGAUCCUGGUCACGUGCUCGCCCAAUAACUCGUCUGCUCUCGCACCCCUAGUUCAGCGCAGGGUCCAUCUGGCCGGUCUUGAGUGGCCGUACGUGGAGCGGCUCUGCGUGGCCUACUUUAUUCACAACGACAUCGCCGAGAAGGCCUGCGAGUUCCUGGAGGCGCUCAAUGUGCAACCGCAAUCCGUCAGGCAGCUCGGCCAGCAUCCGCUUGGCUGGAUCAUGCUCUGUUGCCUGUACCAGGAUUCCGGUAGUCUGCCGACCGAAACAAGCGCUCUCGUGCAAGCGGCGGUAAAGUGCAUCGUAAAGAGGAGCUUAGACCCACCGAUUCCCUAUAAUGAGGAGAUCCCAGGUCAUUGCAGGAAGCGUCUCGAGGACUUUGGCAAGUUGUCCCUGGCGGCCCUGCGGGAGGGCAGGUGCUGCUACACGGAAGCCGAGUUGAGAGCGCGAGGAGGUGGCAUCGAAGUCACGCGACUCGGCUUCCUCACAAGGGGACUGACCUUCGGUCAAAGACGCAAGCCGGAUCUCUACACACCUAUUCAUAUGGCAGUUGCGGAGUUUCUGGCGGCGUACUAUCUCACUUCGGUCGCGCAAUACGCCAACAUCCUGCGCCGUGAAUUGGAAGGACUGCCACCGGGAAUCAUCGGCCACCUGGCCGGCUUGCUAGGUCCCAAGACUCAUUUGAUCCUGAACCAGUUGUGUCCGCUGGAAGUACCACCCAGAGCUGUGUUCUCGUUGCUGAAGGCGGCCGGCGCGUCCGACGGAAACAUCUCCGCAGUCUGUCGGCUGGUUGGAGCGGGUUCCGGUUUCGGACCCGCACCGAACGAACGACCACCGGCUCCACUGGUGCACACGUCUCCCUUGGAGCUGGAGGGAUGGGCCAGGAUCCUCGAGAGUCCCGCUUGCACGCUCGAGGCGCUCGAGGUGGUGUUCCAGGUGGAGCGAGGAUCCGAUCCCAGGUACUUGGACGACUUUUUCGAUGCGCUCGCUGGCAACGAAAGCGUCAAACUUGUCAGGAUUACGUCCCUACUGGGGCAGGAGUUUCCGGCAGACGAGGCGCAGCGAUUGGCCGGACACCUGAAGAGCGUGCUCGGCAAAAAGAAGCUCAACGACUUCGAGCUUGUCAUCACUUGUCUGGAGGAGACAGCUCACGAUAGGCUGGAGUGCGUGGUGAACGCUCUUUGUCGCGGCCUCAGUCACGCCGCCGGCAGCCUGUCGCGUCUGGUCCUCGACAUGAAUCUGUCCGGCGAGCAAGUGUCCCGGGUCUGCGAGGCACUUCGUGGCUGCAUUCAAGUACAGGCGCUGCACUUGCCCCAUUUAGGCUGCGGAUGCGAGGGCCUGGCCUCGGUGGCCGAGCUGCUGAAAGAGCGACCGUUGCUGGCACUCAAUCUGGCUGGCAGCUGGGGCGCCAAGAACGAGGAUCCGUCCAGCUCUGGCAUCAGUAUGGGUUCAGGUUCCGGUUCCGGUAGCAGUGGCUGCGCCUCCAGCACCCUCGGCACAUUGCCGCUGAAUCGCUGCUACUCAUCCUUGCCCCGUGGUGCACUCGCAGCCUAUGGGAGUCUAACGCGACCUGCCACCCUACCGCGCCUUCCCUUGGGUCUGGGAUUGGGCCCAGCACCUGGCACUGGUAACGGGCCUCUACCACAAAACGAUCGAGAUCGUGAUAGUAAUAGCAGCAGCAAGAGAAAUAGCGACAGCGUGCUCUGCCACCGACUACCCCUGUUGCACCCCUUGCCUACCUGCGACAUCGCAAGCCAUCAGGGUACCGGUUUCCACGAGAUAUUCAAUGCUAUCAGGGAGCCAAACUGCAAGCUUAGAUCUCUGAACGUAUCCAAGUGUCUUCUGGGUGGCCUGGAUGCUGGUUGUUUAGGCGAGACUAUCAGAAAGGCCCGAAAUCUGGACGCUUUGAGAGCCGCCGGUGCCUCGAGACCUGCCGACGUGAUGCCGCUCGUGCUAGCUCUAACGGAAGCUCCGUGUCUUCAACUGCUGGACCUGUCGAGCCCCCGAUUGGCUUUGGACGAUCAUCCCUCAAGACUAUUGUGCCACGCUCUAGCUAGAAACACGACCCUUAAACUGCUUAGUCUAGAGGGAUGGACUUUCCGGAUAGAGGAAUCUGACAGUCUGGCAGUGUUCUCCGAGUUGUUGAGAUAUACGAGCGUACGUGAACUGAGCCUGUGCAACGCGCGCUUGCAUUUGGCGGUGCACGAGGGUCCUCUGUCGAGAUUAGGACGUCGUGACGACGCUGGUGCCGAGCUUCUUAGAGCCGCACCACCUCCGGCCUGCCCCGCGAUUGUCUUCCUGCGAUUAGCAGGAUUCCAGGUGACAGUGAACGAUCGCCUAGCGCUGCGCGGGCCGUUGCUGCUGCCAUUCCUAGCGGGCUUCACGUCGCUGAGCGAGCUCGAUUUGUCGCUGGAUAAGUCAACGAUUGGCGGUAACAGCGGUUCCCUGCUCUUCAUCGACGACAAAAUCCUGCAGCAGUUCUUCUGCUGCCUAGCCGCGCACUUUCGUACCCUGCAGUCGCUCAGGAUCAAUUUCUGGCGGGUGACCCUCGAGGACAGCGAUCGAACGAUGCGGCAGAUCGCCAAGUACCUCAAACUGUGUGGCCUGAGCUUCCUCAGGGCGAACGGCUUGAUCGUCACCGACAGCGCCAAGCGAGUGCAAAUGGAGCACGUAUUUGUACAGACAAUCCUCACGCACCUGCAGUACCUCACCUGGCUGUGCCUGGACGGCAUCGAACUCACCGAGACGCAAGCCACCAGCGUGGGAAAAUGCGUGCGCGAUCGUUACCCCGGAACUGCUCUAGAGAUCAGCGUGAAGGACGUGCACGUGAGAUCGGUCAAGGCCCUGGUGACCGCGGCCGAAGAGGGCGGCAGAACGGAAGUAGUAUAUACCGGCGGUUCCAACUGCCGGCUGAAGAUCACGAAGGUGCAGAAGAGCGGCCGAGGCAAGAAGAAAUGAAGAGAUCGCGAGUGAAUGAUCCGGAGGAAAUUAUCUUGGAAUAGUUCGUCGUGAGGCAGAAGCUUACGGAGGAAGUAGAUCAGAUCAGAAUUAAUCUCUUCGUGAUUGAGAUUACGAAGCUGGAAGGGAGAAGCUAGGAGGGAGAGAGAGGAAGAGAGAGAAAAAGCAAAGCAAGAUAAAAAAA